UAAAGAGUGAAGAUGGCGGCUUUCGGACGAAUUUCUCAAGCUCUCCUGAGGUCCACUUUGACUCAGACCCGGCGUCAGCUCUCCGCCGCGGCGCAUGGCGAGGAACAUCAAGCUGCUCGCACAUGGAAGAUUCUGACCUUCGUGGUGGCUCUGCCCGGGGUGGCCGUGUGCAUGCUGAACAUGUACCUGAAGAUGCAGCACCACCAGCAUGAGCACCCCGAGUUCACCCCCUACUCCCACCUGCGUAUCCGCAACAAGCGUUUCCCUUGGGGUGAUGGGAAUAAAACCCUGUUCCACAAUUCACACGUCAACGCUCUUCCUGACGGCUACGAGGAAGAGGACGAACACUGAGCGACCAUGUCUUGCCACACGGGCAGUUGAGCAGCGCUCCUUAAGAGACCUCCCUUGAACAGGGACCAGAAUCAGCUUCCCACACUCCCCGGUUUAAGGACCAGGGCCUGGACCACACCACCUCAUGCAGUUUACUACCCUCUUAACUGUUCUGUUUACUUGAGUGUCUUGCCCAGAGACACAAUAUUCAGUUGUUACAUUGUUCUGGACCAUUGUACACAAUGUCGGUUUUAACUUAUCCUAAAUAAAAAAAAAAUAAUCACAGA